CUGAUUUUCUAACCUUCCAGCGUGACAGACGCGUUCAAAGUCAAAGCGACGAAUAAACGCUCACUGUGGACAUUAACGGAAUAAACCUGACGGGAAGGAUUUUAUUUUGAACAAACUCAUCGAUUCUAGUCAUGACAAGAAGGGAAAAUAUGGAGUUUUUGAUAAGUUUGCGACUUUUCGUCGUUGCCCUUGCGGCUGUCACAUGGGUGAGCGGUGCGUCCAUCGAGAGGUUUGAGAGCGAGAGUCCUGCGCAGACAGCUGUGAUAGACCUUCUGGAGGUAUUGAAUGAACGGAGAUCUUCUGAGGAACACAAGCAAGUUGAAUAUGAGGAGGAUGAGUACGAGUAUGACUAUGACGGAGAGGACGACGACGACGACGAGUUUUCUGGGGAUUAUAAUGUUCCUUUGGUUGCGUUUUCAAGCAAGCCGAAAGAUCCCAGUACGGUGUUGGAUGCAGAAAUACUUGAUGGCUCGAGGAGGAAGGGUUUAGGAAGGAAGAAAGGAAAAGGAAAGAAGAAGAAGAGAAAUCCGUGUCUGGCAAAAUACAAAGACUUUUGCAUCCACGGAAUGUGCAAGUACCUGAGGGACAUAAAAGGACCCUCGUGCAUAUGUGAUCCGGGCUACUCUGGGGAGAGAUGUCACAGUUUCUCCUUGGAAGUUAGGACCGAAGAGAGUGGGUACAACCGCACGACGGCGCUGGCUGUGGUGGCCGUGGUUCUUUCUACUCUAUGUCUCAUCAUCAUUGGACUCCUACUAGCACUCAGGUUUCACAAGCGUGGAGCGUAUAAUGUAGAAAACGAGGAGAAAAUUAAACUGGGAGCUGCGCCUCACCACUAAGAGAGAGAGGGUGACUGUGUGGAAAUUCUACCUCAAAAUUAAGUGGCAAAGUUGAUGUUGUGAUGAACACACAGCAUGCUGGAGAACAGGGUUGAGUGAUACCGCUUGUUUGGAUUGAGUCAAAAGUUAAGCCCGAUCUCUAGCUCAAAACCUGCCACAAACUGGAACCCUGGCAGACCUGAUGGUUCUCGAAGAGGCUCUGAGCUGGCCGGACAUUUUGGUUCGAUGCAUAAAAAUGAACUGCCCAGGGUUAGGAAUGUAGUUUGGGUUUUUGGAGGCGUAGCGAAUCUCGUCCCGAAAUAAGUAUUCUUAUAAGCAUUUGUGUUGUCUUGUGAACUCCGUUAAUCAUCUGGCAAUGCUUUAAUUUAUUUAUUUAUGUAUAUAUUAACAUAUUUAUUUGUAUUUGAAUGUCCUAAUGCACUGCCGUUAUUUUUGAAAGUCUCUGUUUGUUGUGUUUUAUGUGUAUGUAAAACUUUAUUUAUUAAAAAACGCAAUAUUCUUAAGUAAUAUUCCUGAGUACUGAACAUUAUUAGACAGAAAAGCAAAAUUUAAAGUAUAAAUAUGCAAAUCCUUUUGAUAUUUUUAAUGAAGAUGAUUGGCAAUAGUUGUAUCUCCAGGACAGUGUUAGAAUGUAUUUCCAGCAAAUGUUAAGUCAUAUUUCAAGCUCUUUCUUUUCUUUGGUUUAUAAUGGAGAAAAAUAUUUUUUGGCCAGUAAAACGCACUCCGUAAAACAUUGUGAAAAUUCUGAGAUGUGAAUUUAAUGUCCCAAGCACAAAAUUGGUCUUUUAGCAGUCUGCUUUUUGUUUCCUUUUUUAAGAAUCCCAUUUUCUCUAUGUAGUAUAUUAAAAUGCUGAAACUGCAAAUUAAUUGGAAAAUAAAUCUUUUUGAUAUAAAAGCCCAA